AGAUGUUAAACAUACUCAAGUAUACAUAUGUAUUUUACCAAAAUCUCAUUUAACUAUGUGAAAAUAUAUUUGAGGGAGAACAUAAUUAAUUAAUGCUUCGAUUCAUUUGGAUUAUAGCGUUUAUUAUUUUGGAACAACUUCCGUUGCCUAUGAUGGUUGCCUUUACUAUUAAAAGGGAUUGUGUAUUUGCACCUGUCAACGAGUUAUUAUCAAGGAGGCAAUUUUUAAAUAUACUACAGACCGACCAACUUUUUAAUGUAGGACCGAAAAAAAGUCCAACUUACGACCCUCAACCGGGCUACGAACCGUACUGGCCGGGUGGCGAGUGGGUUUUUGAGAAAUUUGAUAUCACCACUGAGAAGCCAGAAGGUUCCAUGUGUGGGAAAGUCUGUCCUGAUUUAUAUAAACAUUUUGGAGAAAUUUGCGGAAGAAAUAUCAAGUACAAGCACAAAACAUUCCCGGAUUAUUGCGCUCUUCUUAAUGAGGAUUGUUUUGGAAAAGAAAAAUGGUUAAUCGCGUACAGGGGAAAAUGCCAAGAUGAACUUAAGACGUAUCCACAAACAGUUAACUUAUUGGUGACCAGAGCUGAAGAAUAUUUGAAUAUUUUUUUCAAGAGUAAUCCAACGCGUUUACCGCGUAUAUAUUCAAUAAAAAAAAUGUAGACAGUUGUAAAUAAUAUCUAUAAAAAAAACCUUUAUCAGUUCUUAUAAUAUAAUUCGUGUAAUAACUUUAGUAGAUUUGAAGUUAUAAAAUAUCUGAUUUGUCACGUUUAUCGUAACUGCAUUGAACUUUAUCUAAAUAUAAUUGUUUUAUAUUUAAAUGGAUGGAAACGUAUGGAAAAGUUUUGAAAUAUUCGUAUUAAGUACUAUAUUAAAAAAAUACUAGUUCACAACAAUAUCGGUCAUGUAAUUUCAAAUAUAAAUAUAUACUGACUUUACAAUUAAAAAUGCUUAAAUAUUUUAUGAAGAAAAUUAUUAAAGAAAACUCAAAGCCUAAUCGAGUACGACGAUAAUUUCAAUUUCAAUUAAAUGCUGACGAUGAAAUUACUUAUUACUUUUUGUUGUGAUGUCAAAUCGGUUACAAUAUAUAUUGAUUUUGUUACAGUAUGUGUUCAUCGUACCAGUGUGUUUGGCCGACGGGCGAGUUGAAGUCUCCACUCCAAAAUUGCCACAAAAAAAACAACAUAAAAAAUACAAUCCAAUGUACGGCUAUGAACCCUACUGGGAGGAUGGAGACUGGGUUUUCGCAGUGAAAUUACCCAAAGGUAACGUUUCUACUACAUCUGUACCCCAAGUCUGCGGCGAGGAGUGCUUUUAUUUGUAUACAAGUAUAGGUAAAGUGUGUGGUCGUAAAGCCGACCACGUCUCAGUCGAUGGCUGCGACCCGUGGUCCUACCGUUGCAAUGGUGAAACUGUUGACGAUCAGACCAGUGGCUAUAAAACCUUUGACACUUAUUGCAAAUUUCUGGACGCGCAAUGUCGGUCUUCGUUUAAUAAAAAAUGGAUCUUUGUACACGAAGGACCGUGUGUUGUUCCUCAGAAUCUUCUAUUCAAGCCGUUGCUGCAGAGAAAGGAACCUCUCAAGAGAAUAAAAACAUACUUCACUAAUCUGGUAGAAGCUUUCAAUAAUAGAACGCUUCCAAAUCCACUAGAAUAAAAUGUUCUGUAAUUAAAAAUAAAUAUCAACUUAAAUAAAAAGAAGA